AUGAACGACGAAGCUCUUUCACGUUCGAGUACGCAGGCUACGACGUACUCGUUGGAGGGACACAGCCAUGCGGACGAGAUGCACAGCACCUGUCCUCCGUCGCCCACGCUGAGCGACUCGAACCAGUCCAUGAUUUUUGAGCGGAACGUGGAGGACCCUUAUAUGGUGUCUGCGGGCAUGAACUCGAACCCGAUUUCCAAGCACGGCAGCACCACGAGUCUGCUAUCUAGACAGUACAGUAAUGCUUCGCAGCAUCUGCAACCACAGUUCUACGGCGGCGGUGCCGGGGGCCAUAGACAGAGCGUGUCGCAUCCGUUGCCACACUCUCCGCCCUCGGAGGGGCAUUCUCCCGAGGUUGUUAUGCCGAAGCUGGAUCGUCGUCGCACCUUGGAAAACUUCGUUGCGCCAGCCUUGGAUGCGAGCUGUUCGAUUGUCACGGAUGAUAACGCAGAUUUGGACGACCUUGACAUCGUCUAUAUGCGCAGACCGUCUACUUUGGGUUUAGACAUGGCGUUGGGAAGAACGAAGAGCAACUCAUCGGCUACGAUAACCAGCUCCCAGAACAUGAAUGCCAGUAAUAAUACCAAUACCUAUAAUAAUAACAACUACAAUAAUAAUAUUACACAGACUCCUCUUUUAGGACUAUCAAGAUCGUAUUCCAAUUCGAAUUCGAGCCCAAAUCCAGCCGCAAAUGCGAAUGGCGGUGGACAGCAACAAGAUGCGAAAACUCUAAGAUUUUACUCGUAUGCUGAUAUGUUGUCGGACGAAAUGGCUUCAAACCCAUCCGCCAAAAAUUUCAGAAGACCCUCUUUAUCGCAUUCUUCAUCACUUUGCCAUCUUAGACCAAAUCAAUUAAAGCCAUCAUUAACUACCAAUUUUUCAAAUCCGUUUAUUAAGAAACGUGAUUCUGUUUCAAAUCCAUCCUCUGCAUCCACAUCAAAUUUGUCUAGGCAUUACUCAAAUACGGUUUUGUCAAGAUCUCCAACAUACCAACCUUCUUCACAGCAGCAAGAAAGGGCAAAAUGCUGUUGCGUUAAAGACGAUAUGAAUGAGAAGGGAUCAAAAUUCCAAAAUAAGGACAAUCCAAACCUGAAUGUGAACCAGAGUAUAAACCAGAAUCUGAAUGCAAAUUCUAAUCCUCGGUACGCUAUAUCCAAAGUGUCACAGAGAUCUGGCAAAUCUAAUUUUCAUAUAGAAUCAAGUGGAAGUGAAGAACUUUCUACAGACGACGAGGAUGAUAAUUUUCAUCCCUUAACCACAACCUCACCAAACGUUAUGUCACCAUCAACAUUCUUGGGUCCAAGAGUUUCAAGAUCUUCAACACAAAACAGUAUUAAUAGUGGUUCGCCAUUAUACUCUUCAAGGACAUAUUCCAAUGGUGGGAAUAAUCCAAUAAGUCCAUCAAUUAUAAGAAGGAGAGAAAGCGGAUCAGCUUUUUCGCCACACUCAAUCAAUAAUGUAAUGAUGUAUGAUGAUACCUUACAAACUGAAACAGUUGGGGAGGCUUUGCGGAAGAAGGUAAGUAAUAGAAGAGACAAUGCUAUAAAUUGA